CUUGUUUAGAUGAUAAUUUCUCGUAAUCACAUCUUUAAAUUUUAGUUUCCAUGAGCUCUCUAGCAGAGUAGAAGCACACAUCUUAUAUUUCCCAUUCCCAAAGAUCUAAAACUGAGUUUUCCAUGACUUGAUGACAACCACAGAAUUCUCGUGAGAAGCCUUUAUUAAUCAUUGAACGGUGAGCCACCUUUCAAUUCAACGGAUAGCAAUAUUAAGUAGAUACAAGAGGUGUUUAUUGGGGCCCAAAUUUCAACAUUUCCAUUAGCGGUGGACCUCAUAUGAAACUUGCCAACCCAACAUGGCAACAUCAUCAUCAAUGUUUCAUCAUACUUUCAUUAUUCUACAUUAAUUACCAAACAUAUUCCGCUAAAACAACCUAGGCUCCUCCUCAAUUCACUUGGUCAUACUCAAAGUAGAAAAAGGAAAAAGAAAACUCAUGGAAGCUUUGUGGGAUUUGGAAGACAAAUUGAAGAUUUCAACACUAGGUGCUGUUCUUCUUCUUGCAUGUGCAAGCCUUGCUCUUGUGUGCCUCUGCAUUGUUGUUACACUUAGAAGGAAGGCCAUUAACAAUAAGAUUGUAAACCAAGAGGGUGCUUUAGAUGAAGACAAUGAAAAGAAUACCACAAUUACAAACACUAAUACUAAUUUUGAUGCUACUAUUACUACUACUACUACUACAACUACAGAAUGGUCAAAACCAGGUUGUGUAGGGUGGAUUUCAGUCAAGAGGGUUCUGAUGGGGUCAAUGCUGUGGAGCAAGGCAAGGAAAUUGGAGGAGAACAUUGCAUGGCAGAGAGAGAGGGGAUCCCCACUACUUGGCUUACAAAGGCAGCAGGGUCUUCAAAGUGGGUGGCAAAGCCAUAACUCAGAAUCUCCAGUGUGGCAAAGACCAAUACUAAGAGGGGAGAAGUGUGAGUUGCCAAGUUUUAGUGGCCUCAUUCUCUAUGAUGAAAGAGGAAGACUUCUUCGUCAUUCACAGAAUCAAAUUCACCACUUCAUUGAAACAUCACAACAGGAAGUAGGAACUGUUACAGUGAGGACUACUCUAAGAGACUUACUUUAGUACUCGCUUACUGGGUUUUUCUAUCUCUGUGAAGUUGUAGCAGACAGACAAUGAGGUUUCACAGUAAUGACAUGGUGUGAUCAGUUCAAAUAUGUAACUAUCAUUUCAUAAAAUUGCAGUUUUUUCCAAGAAUUCAAUUAUGCAUUUUCCAUUUCAGUAUCAUUUCAUAAUUGACGCAUUAGGAAGCUGCAUUAACAAAAGCAAAGAAUAAAAAGAACGUAAAGGAAGUUUAUGGAUAUCUAAAAAUUGUGGAAACUACGCAAAAAUGGUAUCUAGUUUAACUGACACAUUAUCAACUAGGAGAUCAGUUACAACUUUUUAUCAACUUAAUACUUGGUUUACUGGGAAAUCCUAUUUUUAUGCAAAUGUCAAAUGUUAACACUAUUCUUUUAAGUUUCUUCCUUCAGUCACCUAAUGGCUCUAAUCUUACUUAGAAUAUUUUAACUACAAAGUUCAUGCUCACAUGCAAGUUUGCUAUAAUUGAUCAUUAGCAUUGUUACGGGUUACACAAGUGUCCCGUGACGUAAUCCAGGUGCACCGAGUCAUAAUCGAAUACAAUUGUUAAAGGAGAACUUAGAUGAAUCGAGUCACAAUCAAAUUGUAUAUUUAAGCUUUACACUCUAACUAUUAGCUAUAGCUUUUUAUUUAGUGGUAAGUCCAUUGAUAUCA